CAAGAUACCCAAGUACAUCACAUUACUGAGAGGGUUCUGAACCGGCAAAGGCAUACUUGGAGUGCUACGGUCCAACAAUGCUCCGUCUACAGCAGAGACAUUCAUUCACGCUAGGUUUAAAACGCAGCCUCCCAAGUACCGAUGUAUUGCUAACCAAAACCUAUACCAUUCAACAUCCAACCACUCGCUUUCUCGCUGUCCACGUCCUCAUCCGCAUCCACAUCCUCAUCUCUUCCUUUACCCAGGCAUAGUGUAUAGAUAGUCAUUCACACAUGAUCUCGUAUCAUCAAUCAUAUGACAUGAACUAUAUUACUUCUUCAUCUCUCAUCCAUCAUCACGCAUCAUCCCGCCGUACUACUUUUUCGUCAUAAGAUUUUG